GUCGCAGCUGAUGGAGAUGCUGAGCGGAGGAUCACUUUUCAUGGUUUCCUCUGAACCCUCCGGACGGAUCAGAGCGGCUCCGCGCGCCGCGCCGGACCUGCCCAGGGCCCCCCCACACUCCCCCCGCUAGGAUCGGAACUUUCCCCCCUCUUUGCUGGACCGUUCUGGGACUGGGAGCGAGUCAGGCGCAGUGGGAUGGGUGUUGCACCAAGAGAGGAGCCGCUUUAGUUUCAGCCUGGAUUGUGGAGAGCAGCCGCCCGCAGAGCCCGCAGCGCCCGCAGAGCCCGCAGCGCCCGCAGAGCCCGCAGAGCGCCCCAUCCUCCGGGUCUCCCCCCGUAGCGGUAAUGUUAGCGGUGGGUCAGAUGGACGGGUCCCGACAGAGCGCCUUCCUCCUCAGCACCCCGCCUCUGGCAGCUCUGCACAGCAUGACCGAGAUGAAGACCCCCCUGUACCCGGCCUACCCCCUCUCCUCCACCUGCCCCAACUCCUCCACCUCUCCUGCCACCAUCUCUCCCAACCCCGGCGGCAUGGCCGCGUCUUCCCCCGGGAUCAAGACCUCCUCCGGGCUGUCUUCGGGCCUGGGCUCCCCGCAGCAGUGCUCCUCCGCCACCCCGCACGGGAUUAACGACAUCCUGAACCGGCCCGCCGCCUCCGCUGCCGGGGCCACGGCGGUGGUAGCGGCCGCCGUGGCCUCCUCUUCAGCGGGGAUCCUGUCCGGCCUGCCCCGGUUCGGCAGCCUCAGCCCGCCGCCGCCUCCCGGGCUUUACUUCAGCCCCGGCGCCGCGGCUGUGGCCGUGGGCAGGUACCCGAAACCUCUGGCGGAGCUCCCGGGGAGGACGCCGAUCUUCUGGCCGGGAGUGAUGCAGGGAGCGCACUGGAGGGACGCCCGGUUCGCCUGUUCGCCCCAUCAGAACUCGGUUCUGUUGGACAAAGAUGGGAAAAGGAAGCACACUCGGCCCACUUUCUCCGGACAGCAGAUCUUUGCGCUGGAAAAGACUUUUGAACAAACCAAAUAUCUGGCCGGACCGGAGAGAGCGCGGCUGGCCUACUCUCUGGGGAUGACCGAGAGCCAGGUGAAGGUGUGGUUCCAGAACCGGAGGACCAAGUGGAGGAAGAAGCACGCGGCGGAGAUGGCCUCAGCCAAGAAGAAGCAGGACUCAGAGACCGAGAGGCUCAAAGGCACUUCGGACAACGAGGAGGAGGACGAGGACUACAACAAACCUCUGGACCCGAACUCUGACGACGAGAAGAUCACACAGCUGCUGAAGAAACACAAGCCGGCCUCCGCGCUGCUCAUGCACACGUCUGAAAACGACAGCUCUUAAUCCGGACUCAGGCCUAAUCCCGCGGAGGGAAUCAGGACCUCAUGGAUUGGGUUCACUUUGGAGCGAAGCUGCUUGUUUUCCUGGAGGCGGAGGGAGGACUGGCCUUUCCACCGAGGAGACUUUAGCUGUAAAUACAGUCUGAUCCAUAGAAAAGGAUUCAUUUAUCUGUAGUUUCUUUAUUUCAUUUGAUUUUCGGCUUGUUUUGUACAGAGAUGCUGCUCCCAGACCAGCCCUUUUAUUUCCAUCUGUUUCCGCCUGUCCCUGAACGCCUCAUGAGCUGUCCGAUAAAUGACACAUCCCUGUGGGAGCGGCCCGCCGCGGCUUCAUGUAAAGCACUUUUAUUUAAUAAAAACACUUUUAAUCCAAACCAACGUUGGACCAAUCGGAACAA